CAUACGUGAUAGGAGCAAAAGCUAUAAGCUAAAGUUUUGCAACCCAUCAUCUGCCUAGGUGCCUGCACCCUCUCCCGAAGGCGGCUGCAACAUUACACAAAAUAAAUAAACGUAAACCGUAAAUCGUAAAAUUUUUUCGUGAAGUAUCAAGUCACAAAAAUGCAUUACCUAAAUUGUUUUUCAGUUUUGCCAGCGACUUUCGCAGUCUGUGGCCCUGGUUUUGCUGUGGCCGCAUAAUGGCACUCAGUGCUGUCUGAUAUUGAUUUCGAAUUGUAAAUUGUACUUAUAACAAUGCAUUCUUAUGGAACAGGAUUUCGUUUCCUGGAGGUCUCCCAGGAAUCUCUUCCGAAAUACGAAAAUUUUAUCAUAGAUUCUCUGCGGAAAGCUACCGCAGUAGGUUUCACUGUGCAUUCACCAAUAUCACCAAGUACUACCAGUCAGCUUGGAGAUGAAACACUGGAAGAGUGGUAUGCGCGUAACAAGACCGCUGCCUUACAUGAAGAAAUCAUUAGCGUUGGGCUGGCAGCUGCACAUUGCUCCGAAGACAACAUCGACGCAACUACCGGCGAACCGACAAAAAUCGUGUUCCAGAACUUCAACUUGACCACUUGCACAAUGGCGCCCAGUAAGGUGCGACGCGAAGACAUGCUGCGGAUGCUGGAUCUUGGAUACGAUUAUAACUAUAUAGCUGGCGCUGGCAUUCCGUAUUACCGAGGACGCGAUGAUACCAUUAACCAGUCAGAAAUCUCGCAGAAGAUUCGGAAAGUCUUCAUGGGUGUGCACGGAUCCGGUGACGGGUGCCAUCCAGUUAUCGUUCGGAAUGGUCUUUCAGACCUUUUAAUGGCUAUGUCGGCCUUCGUGGGAAUACUGAGUGAUACGGCCAAAGAGCAUCUUCAACGCAUUCAUGAUUUGUUCCCAGGAAAAGUUUAUGAUGCUGCACUACUGUCGGACCAAAGUGCUUUAUCCUGGGAUGGACUGCCUUUUCGUUGCGAUUUUUCACUGGACGGCGCUGAUGACUGUGAUGUUUUUUCUCUGUCACAUGAUGUGGGCGAACGCACUGUGCAAACCAAAGCUCCCAAUACGAAACAUCCGGCAGCGCUGGAUGCUUUUGAAAAUCUCAUGGCCUUCCUUCAUUGUCUUUCAGCGAAGAAGGGAAUAAAGCGUUUGUUAAAAAGCACUGCUGCUUCUCCUGUAAUGGAAAUGAAUGAGUUCGAAAACAGGAUUUCUUGUCCGGGAAUGAAAAUGCCGGUACUGGUUGAACCCAUUCCAACUUCGCGAUUUGCAAGCUCGAAACGCAAGCGUGCAAACUUCGAUUUUACCAUACCUCUGUCGGAUGUUGUCACAGAUAAACGGCAUAAUCCUGGUUGUUAACUAACUUUGAUGUGGUGAUACAGAAUUAAGUAGAUAAUCCUGACUGACAUACGGUUAAUUGUGAUGGAAUUGAACUUUAUUUCGCUACUUGUUUGCUAUUAAAAAGUAAGUGUUAAGUGCACAUUGCCGACCGCUGGCUACUCUAGCACUUUGCUGAUAAGUCUCUCGUUGUAUCGUAAAUUCGUACAUAGUAUGGCAAAA